CAAGGAAAAGCGUCUCCUUCUUCCCUGCGGCUUCUCUAGUAAAGCAAGCUCUGUUCCCAUCUUUCUCUUUCUUGUUUCUCUCUCAUCGGAUCAAUCAACAUCCACCUAAACUAAUCCAAAUCCAUUUCUUUUAACGUCCCCAAAUAUUCGAAUCCAUAUCUGAAAUCAAAUCAAAUCUAUAUUUUCUCAAUAUAUUUCAAUGUUAUUAUCUCUCUUGGUUGCCAUUAUUAACCAUAAUAAUUGAUAUUAUCGUCUCUCUACACCGGUAAAUCUGAUAGUUUUUCCAUAUAUCUUCUUUCAAAGGAAGAAGUUUUCUUUCCAUCUCAAUCAGCAUGUCCACAAGAAAACCUUCAUACAGAACCCCAAAGCCCUGCAAGCACCUUGCAGAAUACAAGCUCAUCCAUGGCCAAAAUGGGUUCAAUAUGAUUCUAAACUGCCUCAAAACCAGCCCAUAUGGUAGGACAAUGAUUGACAUGUCCCAAUCUGCGAUACCCAGAUGUAGUUUUUGUUCUGGGUAUCAAGGUAGACUCUAUAUAUGUUUGAUCUGUUCAUCAAUGUCAUGUUUUAUCUCUCCUGAAUCAAGCCAUGCCGCUUUGCAUGCCCAGUCUCAAUAUGGUCAUCAAAUUGCUGUGGAUAUAGAAAGAGCUGAGCUUUAUUGCUGUGUAUGUUGUGAUCAGGUCUAUGAUCCUGAUUUUGAUAAGGCUGUGAUGAAUAAACACAUCAUGGGAUUGCCUAGAAAUGAUAUUGGGGAUGUGGGUGGUGAAUUGAGAUUCAGUAAGAGGAAAAGAUUGAGUUUUGUGGACUUAGAUUCCAAGAACGGAAAACAGGUGGUUUUGGGGAGGGAUCCAAGAUUGAAAUCUUGUUUUCCGUUGGGUUUGAGGGGUUUGAAUAAUUUGGGGAAUACUUGCUUCAUGAAUUCUGUGUUGCAAGUAUUGCUUCAUGCACCCCCUAUGAGGAAUUACUUCCUUAGUGAUAGGCAUAACCGUGAUACUUGCAGGAAAAGGUCAUCAGACAGGCCAUGUUUGCCUUGUGACAUUGAUGUUAUCUUUUCUGCUGUAUUUUCAGGCGAUCGGACCCCUUACAGUCCAGCUCAGUUUCUUUACAGUUGGUGGCAGCUUUCAGAGAAUCUUGCUACUUAUGAACAGCAGGAUGCUCAUGAAUUCUUCAUCUCAAUGUUGGAUAGGAUCCAUGAGAAGGAGGGGAAAGUGAAAAAUGCAACUAAAGAUAAUGCAGAUUGCCAUUGUAUUGCUCAUAGAGUAUUCUCUGGUCUUUUGAGAUCUGAUGUAACUUGCAUGACCUGUGGAUUCACUUCAACAACCUAUGAUCCUUGUUUGGACAUUUCUCUCGACUUGGACACCUCCUCUUCAGCAGAUCUAACCAACCAGCCAAGCGAGAAAAACGAGAACACGGUUGUAUCUACCCUUGUUGGCUGCUUGGACCUCUUUACAAGGCCAGAAAAGUUGGGGUCAGACCAGAAAUUGUACUGCCAAAAUUGUCAAGAAAAGAGAGACUCGUUGAAGCAAAUGUCCAUUAGAAGGCUUCCAUUAGUCCUGUGUUUGCAUAUAAAGCGGUUUGAGCACUCUCCAGUCAGGAAGUUGUCAAGAAAAAUUGACCGGCAUUUGCGGUUUCCUUUCCAUUUAGACAUGACCCCGUUCUUAUCCUCUUCAAUUGUCAGAAAAAGGUUUGGUAACAGAAUCUUUGCCUUCGAGGGCGAUGAAUCAGAUGUCUCUACAGAAUUUGAAGUUUUUGCGUUGGUUACUCAUUCAGGGAUGCUAGAAUCUGGCCACUAUGUGACUUACUUGCGUUUGAAAAACCAAUGGUAUAAAUGUGACGAUGCUUGGAUAACUGAAGUUGAUGAGGAGGUGGUUAGAUCCUCGCAGUGCUAUCUGAUGUACUAUGUGCAGAAAGUUCUUUAUCAUAAAGCGAGUGAGGACCUGAGUUGCCUACCGAUGUCCCCGCGGGGAGAGACAUUGGUUCCAAUUGCUGGCUGUUGCUAGAUUGAACGUUACCAUAUACUGAACAAUUGGUGAAACAUGAGUUCAGUUCUUCCAACACAACUAAGGGCAGCUAGACAAGAAAUCCAGUGGAUAUAAAGACAGAUUCUUCAGAAUGAAUUAUUAUUUCCAAAUAAAGUCCUGUAGCUUGGAACGAACCAUAGUUGGUAGUGAUCCGCAUUGACCCAUGGACCUCGAAAUGCAGCUUCAAUUUGGCGCAAAGUCAUCAAUACUCAGUUGUCAAUGCAAGAAGCUUUCAACCGAUAUCCUGAUGGUGCCACAUGAAAGGUCUGCAGGGGAUAAUGGCACAAGGCUGAAGACUCGGCUUAUUCAUCUUGGGGUUUCACCUCUCCUUAUAAGUUUCCCUCUCAAGGUGGUUGACUAUGGACCAGUCACAGGCCCUUAUUAAACAAUUGUAUACGACUCAUUUAUUUCAGUAUAUGGUCAUUCUUACUGUUUCAAUCGACAUUUUUUAUGGAUUUUUAAUCUUGUUGCAUGCAUACAAGUGUUGCAUGCAUAAUUCUAAGCGUGAAAAAACUUUACGCAAGCUGUUUAUGGUGGCUUAAACCUUGUUAUUCUCCAUCAGCAUAUUAUUUUCUUUGCAUUUGAGAACAGUUGAAGAUACCAUGG